CAGAGAGAAGGGGAGACAGAGAGAGAGAGAGAGAGUAAGGAAGAGGAGGCGAGAAAGAGAGUGGCAGAGAAAUGUUGCGAGGGCCCACACACACGUAGGACUCUUCCAUUCUGCAUCAGGAUUCUCUCCAAACUUUUGGUUUGGUUUUCUGAGCUUCUCAGUUAACGGGGACGACUUUUUAUGAGCUGCCUGAAACUCUUCCCAGGAUGCCCACGGAUUAGAGGCAGCAACGGAUACAGCAGCGGGCAUGGAGCGUCUGAACAGAACUGUACUGGACCGUGGCCACCACACCCACCAGGUGCUGCAGAGCACCCCACUGGACCUGAUCGAGACCGGGAAGGGGCUGAAGGUUCAGGCUGAGCGCCCCCAUCUGGUCAGUCUGGGGAGUGGCCGGCUCAGCACGGCCAUUACCCUGCUGGCCCUGCCGGAGGGGCGAACAACUCUAGGUCAUGGAGCCACAGAUAUCAACGUCCACGGCCCUGGAGUGGCUGGGCUACACUGUUUCAUUGAGAACAAGGCUGGAGUCAUCACCCUGCACCCCUGCGGGAACCCGUGUAGCAUGGAUGGACUUCCAGUCACCAAGCCUGCCCGUCUAUCUCAAGGCUGUAUGCUGUGUUUUGGCCAAUCGUCCUUCUUCCGCUUCAACCACCCUGAAGAAGCUUUCAGGAUGAAGAGCAUGCAGACAGAGGCAGAGCACACAGCAGACUCGGAGAGCUUGGUCAAUGGGAACCACCAGUCAGCAGCGGCAAAGUGUCACGCAGCCCCCUGUGAGCGAGCGCUCCUGGAUCACAGUGCCAUGGUCAGCUCCAUGGAGAAGGACCUGCAGGACAUCAUGGACUCCUUAAUCAUGGAUGACCCACAGGUUCCGUCCUCCUCUGAGCUCAAGAUGAGAUCUGUGCCCCACACUGACCACUCUUCACUAUCCCCCAUGUUAAAUGGGGGUGGGCGAUACCUUCUCUCCCCCCCCACGAGCCCUGGUGCUAUGUCGGUGGGCUCCAGUUAUGAAAAUACCUCUCCGCCAUUCUCACCUCUGUCCUCGCCCUCAGCGGCGAGCAGUGGCAGCCUCACAAGUCCCUCGUCCAGCGGACACCAGGAGCAGAUCCCGACUCUGCCUCCGAUUCCAGUCAGAUCCUCCAGCUACAGUUACACCAGCCAGCCACCCGUACCUCAGCCGCGGACCAUGCUGCCCAACCACACGGGUAGCAGCGGGGGCCAGAAGGUCCCGGAGAGCCCCCAGCUGCAGCGGAGGGUCCUCCUGGAGGCUUCUCCCAGUCCAAAGCCGGCUCGCAGGGGCUCGGGUCAGGACAGCCCGAUGGGGAAAGGUCCGGAUAGCUCCAGGCUCCCCUCCAUGAUGCCUUCAGUCUCCAUAUCUGCUGUGCACAGCGACUCCCCUUCUGCCAGCAGGGUAGCGAUGCCGGGUAGCCCCAAACCGAGCCCCAAAUUGAACCCCGCGUCCCCCUCGUCCUCACCCUGCAGUCCAAGGGUGAAGGUGGCUAUCAGCCUCCAGGAUUGCCCGUCCAGCCCGUUCCGUGAAUCUCCCCAGCCAGACUGCUUGCUCAGCUCUGGCCCCAUGCAGCAGUUCCCCCCCCCGCCUCGAGCCUUCCAGCCUCCCCUGGACCCCAUCGUCCACAUCAUUCAAGGCAUGCCCCCGCGGCCACAGCAGGGUACCCUCCAGCCUCCAGAAAGUCCCCGGCUGGCCCGCCGGACCCUGGAUGCCUGCGGGGGCAGCAUGAGGGAGCUUCCCCCACUCAGCCCUUCUAUAGUGCGCAGAGGGGUGCCCAUGCUGCCCGGGGCUCUCCCAGGUACCCACCCUGCCCUCCGAACCCCUGACAGUCCAUCUGCCAAACUGGUCUCAGACAGCCCUAGGCUCAGACGAAAAGUGGUCUCACCCACCGAGCAGCUUUUCAGCCCAAGGACGGUGCGCGCACGAAGCCCCUCGCCCACCCCCGGGACAGGCGACGCCACGGGGGACCUGAAGGGGCCCUUUGGGAGCCCCCUGUCCCCUGCCUUCAGCUUGGGCUCCCUGCCUGGCUCUUCACCGGUUGGCAGCCCAAGAAGUCACAGGAAGAUGUCAGCAGGACACAGGGAUUUCCGCUUCGCGCAUCCGGGCAUGAGGGAACGCAAGAACAGCAUCACGGAGAUCAGCGACAACGAGGAUGAGCUGUUGGAAUACCACCGGCGUCAGCGGGAAGAGCGGCUGCGGGAGCAGGAGAUGGAGAGACUGGAGCGUCAGAGGCUGGAGACCAUCCUGAACUUGUGUGCUGAAUUCAACAAGGGGGACGGAACGGGAGGCGGGGCGAGGGGCGGGGCCGGGGGAGAGCUGGCGGAGGUGGAGAACUUCCCCGGGCUGGAGGGCAGACGGCCCUCCACGGACGCGCUUGCUGGCGCCCCCCUGAGGAUGGCCCCCAGGCCGAGAGAGGGUGACGAGGACAACCAGAGGGAGGAGUGCAGCAGCACAGAGAGCACGCACCAGGAGGGGCGGAGCCUGCGUACCACGCACAACGGACGCAGCACUCCGGUGGAGGAGUGUGUUGGCAUGGGGGGCAAAUCUGGGCUGGAGCUGGGCUAUCUGGAGGAGGAGCGGGUGCGAGCGCUGGCGAAGGUGGAGGAGCUGAAGGAGCGCGUCACUGAGCUGGAACAACAGCUGCAGGAAUCCACGCAGGAAGCAGAGAUGGAAAGGGCUUUGCUGCAGGGGGAGAAGCAGGCGGAGCUGGAACAGAUGGAGGCGGAGACUAAAGUCAUCAGCCAGCUACAUCACAAACUCACCGAGCUCGAGAGCGCCGUCCAAAGGGAGAAGGACAAGGACAGGGCUAAUGUUGACGCCCAGCGGGAUGCCCUGGAGAGACUUCGGGAUGGCUACACUGAUUUGAGGAGUCAGCUCCAUAACUGCCCCGAGUCUCUAAGGGAACAGUUGCAGGAACAACUCAAAAGGGAAGCAGACACUCUGGAGGCAGAGACGAAGCAGUUUGAGGACCUGGAGUUCCAGCAGCUGGAGAAGGAGAGCAGCCUUGAGGAGGAGCGUGAGAACCUGUCCCAGCAUCUCCUGCAGGAGCUCACACAGCUCCAGAGCAACGUGGCCCGUAGGAAGGAGAAGGUGGAGGUGCUGGAGACGCAAGCCAGCCAGCUGGCCCAUCAGGUGGCACAGGAGAGCGAGAGGCUGGCCAAGGACAGGAGCUGCACCCUGCAGCUGCUUCAGAAGGAGAAGGAGAGGCUAGCAGGUCUGGAGAAGAGAUACCUCAGCCUAACUGGAGGCAGGAGUUUUCCUACUAUGAAGGAGGAGUAUGUCACUUUAAGCCAGUUAAACCAGCUCUAUGGGAUGCCGAAGGUGGACUCCUCCCCCACCUCUCCUGUCCAAUCACGUCAGCCUGCUCUCGUCGAGCCUGCCUUUUCCUGCCUUCCCUCCCCUCGCGGCUCCGCCCUUUCUCUCUCCUUUGAGCCGGAGUGGCUUAGGCCUCAGAUCCCCGGUGUAGAUUUAGAGCGCUGGUACCAGGAGGUGAUGGUGGCUGGGGCCAGCAGCCAGCUCUGCCCCCCUCCCCUUCCAGCUAAAGCUGGGUCCACAUGUAGACCCCCGCAGGUCUACCGCUCCAGGUUGGAUAGCAGCGGCAGCGAGACCUCAAUGAGGCCAAAGGUCAGCGCUGGUCUGUCCCCGACCUGCGGCUCGGCCACGCUCGGCCGCAACACACCCACCAGGAGCCCUGUCAUGGCGGUCAGCAGCACGGGCAGUCUCCCUCGCAACCUGGCAGCCACCCUGCAGGACAUUGAGCUGAAGAGGCAGCUGGCCCUGCAGCAGAAAGAUGGCUCUCACUCAUCACCCGCGUCUUCCUCUGCCACCAACAGCCCCACAGGCCAUCAGGUGAUCGAGGAACAGAGACGCCGUCUGGCUGAGCUGAAACAGAAGGCCGCAGUGGAGGCCCAGUGCCAGUGGGAGGCGCUGCACGGCUCCCAGCUGCAGCUCAGCCCCGCGCCCCUACUGGUGCACCGCUCUGUCCUGCACCACCUAUCGCCCUCUGCUGGCGAACCUGCGUACGACACCCUCAGCCUGGAGAGCUCAGACAGCAUGGACACCAGUAUCUCCACCGGCAACAAUUCAGCCUGCUCCCCAGACAACGUGUCCAGUGCCAGCGUCAUGGACGCACUGAAAAUCGAGGAGAUGGAGAAGAUGUUGAAGGAAGCGCAGCUGGAGAAGGCGAGACUCAUGGAGACCAGGGAGCGAGAGAGCCAGGCCCGCAGGCAGAUGCUGGAGGAGGAGCGCAGGAGGAGGGAGGAGGUGGAGAAGAGGCUGCAGGUGGAGACGGCGCACAGGCAGCACCUGAUCGAGAAGGAGGUGAAGAUGAGGGCCAAGAACUUCUCUCAGGCUCGACCCAUGACGCGCUAUCUACCCAUCCGCAAGGAGGAGUUUGACCUGCGCUCGCACGUGGAGUCGUCAGGCCACAGCGUGGAUACCUGCUACCACGUCAUCCUCACCGAGAAGAUGUGCAAGGGCUACCUGGUGAAGAUGGGUGGCAAGAUCAAGUCCUGGAAGAAGCGCUGGUUCGUCUUCGACCGGCUCAAAAGGACGUUCUCCUACUACACGGACAAGCACGAGACCAAGCUGAAAGGAGUCAUCUACUUCCAGGCCAUCGAGGAGGUUUACUAUGACCAUUUACGCAGUGCCACAAAGAAGGGAUUUUUCCACCUGAACUUGUCAAAUCACUUCUCUGGACUGCUGCCUGGGUUUCGCAGAGAGAGCCCCAAUCCUUCCCUGACGUUCUGCGUGAAGACCCAUGACAGGCUCUACUACAUGGUGGCCCCGUCUCCUGAGGCCAUGAGGAUAUGGAUGGACGUGAUCGUGACGGGAGCAGAGGGCUACACGCAGUUCAUGACCUAAGGGCACGGUGCGGCUGCUGCCUGACCCCCAAUAGGAAAGGUCACCACAGAAACGCUUUUCGGCAGGGAAACUUCAAAUGACUCCUGUUUACUCGCUCGGCUAUUUCCUGACGAGGGAAAAGCUUUUUUGUUUUUUAUCAUGUUGUUUUCUUUCUUUUUAAAAUGUUGCGUAUUCAGCAAGACUCAAAAGAAACACAUAUUUCAGGUUGUUUUUUUUUUUGUUUUUUUUUUAACGUCUGCAUGGAUUAUAAAGGACAAACUAGAGAAGCAACCCUACAUGUCGGCAAAGUGAUCAGCCGUGAAAAUGCCUUUGUCUUGCGAGCAGAGAUCUCUGAUAGCAGUUCUGUUCUUUACGUGCAUAUAGUUGUUCUUCACUUACAUAUAAUUGUUUUUUGUCUUUAAAGUUACUUUUUCUGUAUUUCAGAUGUGAUUUUGCCAAAAGACAUGAAGCCAUUCUGAAGAAUUUUUUAAUUAUGAUUUUAUGGCCUUGUCAGAUAAUAAAAGAGGUUAUGAAUACACAAGUAGCACAUUUAGAGAUGAAGCUAAAUGCAAAUAUGUCAGUAUAUCCUAAAUGUGAGUCAUUUUUAUCGGUUCUUUUGACAAAUGCCCAGCGUCACAUAAACCAAGACCUCAUUCGCCAAAGUCCAUCGUUUCAUGGUGCGCAAACACAUUCUAGUAAGUGUUAACUGUAAAACAGUAUAGCCGUAUUGUCUGUUUGCCAAGUCCUGACAACUUGAUCUUCUGACUUGACCCAUUAAGGAAGCAGCCAUCUUCUCUUCACUGCCACUUGGAGGCUUGGAGGACUAAUUACAUCAAACAAAAAAUAUAAUAUUCCUGGACAUUACUGUAAUAAUGCUAAUUGUCCGAUGCCUUGAUAUUUCCCCGUGCUUCAUCGCUCUGAACACUGCAGUGAGAAGCUUUCAGGACCACAAACACUGGAAACACACAAUGGUUUAUUGCCGUUUGCACGCUGUUUAUUUUAAAUGUGUUUUUAUUCCCAAAAGCUGUAUUGCGACAGUUCUUUACACGCACUUGCACAUGGCAUGCAGUUCUAUGGAAAGCCUCCUCAUGAAUGACAGGGUGUCAGAUUUACCAGAUAAUGAAAGAAACCGUGUUCACGGUGUGGAUGUUCGGGUGAACGUAGGCACGUGGCUGGUGUUUCUCAACUGCCAGGGAUUACGUGAGGGGAAGACGACGUCGUCAGGACUGAACAAUGCUGUGAUUUUAAAUAGCAGAAUCUGGAUCUUUAAUGCCUUAGUGUUUGUUUGGGGGAAAACUAUUUAAUUUAUAAUUAGUUUUUGUUUAUGUAACAACAUUGGAACUGUUAGAAUAAGACCGAUGUGUGCCCUUUUCCCUGAAAUCCAACUGUGUAUAUUCAAGCUGUUAAAAGUGGCCAGAAAAUUGAGUCAACAUUACUACUGAUCUGGAUUAGUCUGUCUGUAUUUUGGGGUGAAAUAUAUGAGUACACAUGGGCUGUGUACACACACAGAACUGACCUGAAUUUCACGAGUGCGCACACACACACACACACACACACACUCUCUCACUCUCUAUGUUGAUAUGAUGGUACUUUCUAUGUGGCACGUUGGAUGGACUUUAUUGAGUUUUUCAGGUUUAUUAAAAAGAAGAGUAAACAUCAAAGACUUGA